AUGUCCUCACAGGCACUUUGGGCCAUGGAGGUGAGUGUAUUUCUAAAACGAGGGAUAGUGUUUAAAUUAUUGGAUCCAAGUCGAUCAUUAUCGCAUGGGCGCAAUCGAUAUGGAGACGUUGGUAUAUUGCUGCUCGCAGUCGUAUGGAAGAUUGACUUCAGCCCCGUAGUCGCCAAUGUGAACAUGAUCAAGCGACGGCUGGUCCUGACAGGAGCACUGGUGUUCGCCUCUCUGGGCAGCCUGGUGUUAGGAUUAUAUACAACCUACAGACUCUCACUUACUCAGGGAGCCCGAUUCGAAGUCCUGGCAUGGGAGGUGUUUUCAUGUCUUAUUUCUACUUGUAUCAUCGAUUUCUCGAUCUCAACAAUCCUUGUCAUGCUUCUAGCAAGGCAACCAAAAGGUACAUCUUGGACGGACUCGACGGCUAUUGUGCUUGCAUCAUACGCUCUCAACACGGGGCUUUGCAAUGGCGUUAUCUCAACGGCUUCCAUCAUUGCUUAUGCUAUAGAUCGGCGUUCGUAUGCCUUCUUAGGCAUACGUGUCAUCCUAUCUACAGUGCAUAUCAACUCUCUGGUGGCUAUGCUGAACGCGCGACACUACUUCCAAAAGGAAACACCAGCAACCGUCAUUCUACAAUCACACGACGCACGUCUGACCGUGUCACAAGGCGGUCAGGUGUACGCAUCGCGUCGAAGGCCUACUACCGCCGAUAAGGAGCGGACGCCCACCAUCAACGAGGCGGGGCUCCUACAGUUCGAUAAAACCCCUACUUUGAUUGGGAAUCAAAAGUUGUAA